UAUUACACAUGCGCUGAUAGAACUCCAGGAAGCGCCGGCCGAUUUGAAGGAAGUCAAUAUAGGGAAAACAACGCACACAAAAUGACAGUCCAUUUACUAAUUUGCUGAAGAUUAGAUCAUUCACUGUCAGAAUGGAGACUCCUAACUCGAUGAAGUCAGGGACUUCGUUCCACACACCAGAUGAUACGGUCUAUUCAACAAAACCGCCUAUGAGUGCAACACUUAAAGAACGACUAAAGAAAUCAAGACGUUCCUUUAAAUCCCCCAUCUCUGUGGUAAAACGACUCAAGAUAGGCUCAGAGGCUGAUGGCGAUUUAGAGUUGCCCAGCGCGUCCUCAAAACCUGCUGAGGACCCUGGAAAUGACGAUCAGGUGAUGUCAGACUCAAGCCUUGAAACGGCUAGCUUAACUAGUAAAACUGCAUUGGACAGAGCUGAUAGAGUAAGUGAUGCAGGCCAAAGCUGUCAUUGCCCCAGAACCCCUGCACAGCCACAGCUGCUGGAGCUGCUGAAGGAGAGGGACAGGCUGAAAAAAGAGGUACGAGAAAAAGAGGAGACUCUACGAAGACUGCAAAUGGCAAAAAUGUACAGGGCUAAGAAUGACCUGACAGAACUGCGCUCUCUGAUAGACAAAUGGCGAAGCAGCAGCCAGUCUGUCCUGUAUGAACUCCAGUCGUCUCUCUCUACAGAUGGCAAUAAGCUGAGCCUCACACACCUCAUAGACAGCCUGGGACUGGAGGGCACACUGCUGCAUUAUGACAAGACAGAGGAAGACUUCACAUAGACGUAAUCUUGAUGGGUUGCAGCAGAAAACAAAAUGAAUAUUUUUCUUUAAAGCAGUGGCAGUUCCAUGUCUUGUUCAUUAGGAAACAAGAAUGUGCAGAAGACAGUAGUGAGGUUUUGUGU